AUGCCACUUAGAUUUCCAAUCAUUAGAAAAGCAGUGCACAGUAGUGCUACCUUAACCUCUGCCAUGAGACCAUCCUUGCCUUCAAGAAUUGUUUCUUGUAGAAUGGCAUCUUCUAAAACUACUAUGACUGUUAGAGAUGCAUUGAACUCUGCUAUGGCAGAAGAAUUGGAUCGUGAUGAUGAUGUGUUUAUCAUUGGUGAAGAAGUUGCACAAUACAAUGGUGCUUACAAAGUUACAAAAGGUCUCUUGGAUCGUUUCGGGGAACGUCGUGUUGUUGAUACACCAAUUACAGAGUAUGGUUUUACAGGUCUUGCUGUUGGUGCUGCUUUGAAAGGUUUGAAACCAAUUGUUGAAUUCAUGUCCUUCAAUUUCUCUAUGCAAGCUAUGGAUCAUAUUGUAAAUUCUGCAGCAAAGACCCAUUAUAUGUCUGGUGGUACUCAAAAAUGUCAAAUUGUUUUCCGUGGUACCAAUGGGUCCGCUGUUGGUGUUGCAGCACAACACUCUCAAGAUUAUUCUGCAUGGUACGGUUCCAUUCCAGGUUUAAAAGUUUUAGUGCCGUAUUCGGCUGAGGAUGCUCGUGGUUUAUUGAAGGCUGCUAUUAGAGAUCCUAACCCUGUUGUAUUCUUAGAAAAUGAAUUAUUAUACGGUGAAUCGUUUGAAGUUUCCGAGGAGGCUUUAUCACCAGAUUUUACUUUACCUUACAAAGCCAAGAUUGAACGUGAAGGUACAGAUGUCUCAAUCGUCACUUACACUCGUAAUGUUCAAUUCUCACUGGAAGCUGCUGAAAUUCUUGAGAAAGAACAUGGUAUCUCUGCUGAAGUUAUCAAUCUACGUUCGAUUCGUCCAUUAGAUGUCGAGGCAAUCAUUAAGACAGUCAAGAAGACCAACCAUUUGGUCACUGUUGAGUCUACAUUCCCUUCCUUUGGUGUUGGGUCUGAAAUUGUAGCACAAGUGAUGGAAUCUGAUGCCUUUGAUUAUUUGGAUGCCCCAGUUAAAAGAGUCACUGGUGCAGAUGUACCAACUCCUUAUGCUAAAGAAUUAGAAGAUUUUGCAUUCCCAGAUGCUCCAACUAUUGUGAGAGCAGUUAAGGAUAUCUUAUCUGUUGAGUGA